ACAUAUUGACAGAAAUCAACAGGGAUUUUUAGGUUAUUUCGAGUCUUGCUGCUGUCAAUUUUUUUCUUUCCUAGAAGAAGAAAAGGGGCCCCAUAAAUUGACUUUGCUGCACUAAUUAAUCAGUCAUGUCUUUCCCGACGAAGGAAGAUCGCAACUUGUGUUGGAGUGCUCGGGAUCGGUAUUGGGAAUGUUUAAAUAAAAACGGAAUAAUAGAUAGUAAAGAUGACAGAGGACCGUGUCUCGAAUUCAGAAAACUGUACGAAAAGUCGUGCUCAGCUCAGUGGGUUAAGCAUUUUGAUAGAAGACGGAAUUAUCUGCAGUUCAAGGAAAAAAUAGAAAAACAUGGGUACGAACCGCUUGAUGAAAGAAGCCAAGAACAUUAGCUUAUUUUGUUUAUUAAUAUUAGUAUAAAUUGCUUUGUAAAUAGUGUGGUUAACUUUAAAUAAAACUAAUCAGACUGUAA